AUAUUACAGUAUAAGAAAGAAUUCUUGUCAUAAUUAAUGAUCUCGUGUUAUCAAAACAGUGUAAUUAACAAUUUUCACUGUUAAAGUAUCUGAUACUUUGAAUUAAUUUUGAAAGUUCAAAAUGUACAAAAAAUUCAAUGAAUAAUAUUCAUAAAUAAUAAUAUAAAUAAUUUAUAUAGUAUAUACCUAAAUGUAUGCACUUAUGUGUGUACAUACACACACUUUAUCGUUAAUAAUACAUUAUCCUGUUAAUAAGUCUACUUAAGCAAUAUUAACAAAUUGAAAUUUUAUAAAAUUCUAUUUAUUGUUAACUGUUGCUGCAUAGCUUGUAAUAUUUUAUAAAAUACUAUAUUGUACAGUAAAUACUGAACUAAUUUUUUAUGUGCAAUAUGUUAUCCUUCUCAGCAAGAUAUAAUUAUACAAAGGGAAAACUGAUUAAAUAUGGAAAAGUGCAAACUCUAUUGCAAUUAUCAAGACAUACAUCUACACAAAAAGAUGACGAAUAUCAGUAUAUUAAAAAAAGUAAAAUCCCUACAAUGCACUUUCAACCAUAUCUACCACGUUUAUCUAUUCCUGAACUUAAAGAUACAUGUAAACGAUACUUGAACGCACAGAAACCUUUAUUAUCUCAUGAAAAAUUUGCGGAAACUUCAUCCUAUGUCACUGAAUUUUUGACGAAAGAUGGUACUUUCUUGCAAAAUAAACUCAUUAAAAAAAAUUCCAAAAAUCGUCACACUAGUUAUAUCAGCGAACCAUGGUUUGAUAUGUAUCUCAGAGACCGUAAGCCUUUACCAAUUAAUUAUAAUCCUUUCUUAGUUUUUGUACCAGAGGAUAAAUCAGAGUAUAAUAUUCAGUUAGUGAAAGCUACUAAUCUAAUCAUAUCAUCAUUAAGGUUUAUGAAGUCAUUAAAAGAGAACAUUUUACCACCAGAAGUGUACCAUUUAAAUCCUAAAAAAUCUGAUACUGAUUUGUUUCAUACUACUAUAAGAUUGCUCCCACCCCAAUUAACCUGGUGGAUAGCAUGUGUAUUAUUUCAAGCUUAUCCACUGGAUAUGUCGCAGUAUUGCAAUUUAUUUAAUACAACAAGAUUACCGAAAUUAGAAAAAGAUGAGAUUUAUCAAAAUAAUACUGCACGACAUAUAAUCGUAAUGCGGAAAGGACAUUUCUAUUGCUUCAAUGUAAUUGAUAAAAAUGGUUUAAUUUACGAACCAAAAACAAUAGCAACAUGUAUGAAAACUAUUUUAGAAGAUGAUAGACCAGCUAACAAAAAUUCAAUUGGAGUGCUAACCACUGCAGAACGUAAUUUAUGGGCUAAUACCAGAGCACAUUUAUCACAAAUUGGUAAUCAAGAGCUUCUGGAGAAAAUAGAUUCAGCUGUGUUCACAAUGAUAUUGGACGAUACAUAUAUCGGCACAGAUUAUAAUACAUUAAUUAGAACAUACCUCCAUGCAGACGGAACAAAUAGAUGGUUCGAUAAAUCAUUUUCAUUAAUUGUAACCCAAGAUGGAUAUGCUGGUAUAAAUUUUGAGCAUUCUUGGGGAGAUGGAGUGGCUGUACUCAGAUUUUUUAAUGAUAUAAAAGAUGAUAUAUCUAAAAAACCAAGAUUCCAUCCCACUGACGUUUAUCACCUCCAGAAAGCAGCAGCGACUGAUGUUAAAAAACUCGAAUUUAUUGUAAACGAUGAAAUACAAAGCACUAUUAAUGAACAAAAAGAAAAAUACAUAAAAUGGACGGAACAACUGAGCAUUGAUCAUAUAAUAUACAAUGAGUUUGGUAAAGAUGAAUGUAAGAAAUACGGAGUAAGUCCUGAUGCAAUUAUGCAAUUGGCAUUCCAAUUAGCUUUAUAUUAUCAGAAAAAUUGUGUAGCACCAACAUAUGAAUCCUGUAGUACCGCCGCAUUUAAGCAUGGACGAACCGAAACUAUCAGGUCCUGCACAGUAGAAACGAAAACAACAUGCGAAUCAAUAAUUCGAAAAAACAAUGCUUUAAGUAAGACUGCACUAAGGCAAUUAAUAAUUAAUUGCAGUGAAGUCCAUAAUAAACUCACUAAAGAGGCUGCUAUGGGAAAAGGGUUUGAUCGACAUUUAUUCGCAUUAAAAAAAAUUUGGGAACAAACAAAUAUACCCAAGCCGGCGAUUUUUGAAGAUCCAGCUUAUGAUUACAUUAAUAAUAACGUCUUAUCUACAUCUACUCUUUCAAGUUCAGCCGUACUAUUUGGCGGAUUUGGCCCAGUAGUAAAUAAUGGAUACGGAAUCGGAUACAUGAUACAAGAUCGAAGACUGGGAGCUGUUGUAACAAGUUAUAACACACACUGUGAUUCUAAUGAGUAUGUCAAGUGUUUAGAACAGGCAUUUAAUAACAUUUAUCAAAUAUUAACUUAGAUGAUGGCACUGUUGCAUAUUUGCAAUCAGUAUCAGUAUUGAAUUGAAUCUCAUUAAUCAUACACAUUUCAUUUAUAUGAAUUUUGACCAUUGUUGAUUAUAUACACAACUAUAUAUUUUUUCUAUCGUCUUUGAGAACUUUUUUACUCUUAUUAAAAUAAUAAAGGCCUAUUUUCUUCGUAUUAUGUUGUAAAAUGAAUUGCGGUGAUAAAUAAGAUUGUAAUACUAUAUUUUACAUAUAUGUGCAACAUGUGUAAGUAAGUAUAAUAUAACAUUAUUCUUAUUCAAUACAACAAUUCUGUUGGAAAAUAUAUAUACAUGAAAUGUUUCGUGUAAGAGAGCGCUAUAACACACUCAAAAUACGAUACAUAAAUAACGGUUGUACAAUAAUAAAUUUUAUACUACUAAAACCUGAUAUUUAUGCACAUGGUUAAUACACAGAGAUCAUGAUACCCAAUCUAUUAAAUCAAAAUCUAUUUGUAUCAAAAUUACAUUUACCCAAAAUGAAGAUGAUGUACCAACCUGUCACGGUAUGUUCUUUUAUAUGGGUUUCAACCAAAGAAAUGUUUACACAUUAUCAUUUUCCCUAUAUUUUUUGU